UCUGAUUGGUUGGUGAUGAUGCGGACGUCGCUAUCCAAGAUGGCGGCUACCAUGGUGGAACAUGUUGUCGUAGACGCAGGAGGAUUUUUGAAGAAAGCACUUCUUCAGGACAUUGGGAAGAAUAUCUACACGCUGAAGGAUGUAGUAGAGGAAAUUAGAGACAAGCCAACCCGGAGGAGCCUGGCAUUCCUACCAUAUCAACUCAACUUCAGAGAGCCGUACCCAGAGGACAUCAGAUUAGUGACUGAGUUCUCCAAGAAGACGGGAGACUACCCCAGCCUUUCUGCCACAGACAUCAAGGUGUUGGCUCUGACAUACCAGUUGGAGAGGGAAAACGUUGGGACGGACCACCUGAAGAAAGAACCCGAGGUCAAGGUCCAGGUGUGCAGUACAAGGAGACAUCCAGAGGCUCCCGUUGGCGUGGCAGGGUUCCACUUCCCCUCAAAGAGGCCAGCUGAUGGGCUGUUCAGUGGCAGACAGAGGCCAGCAGCACAGACACAGCACAGCUAUAACCCUCCAGAGAUCGGAGAGUACAACAGCUUCCAGUUCUGGAGGAAUCCUCUGCCCUGCUUCGACACUGACCUGCUGGAACUAGUGAACAUUGAGGACCUGUCAAUAUCAGACAGUGGAGCAGCAGACACUGUCCACACAGAACCUGAAACCGGGUCAGAGGAACACAAACACUCAAAGAAUCAUUCAGAGGAGCACAGCAGUGGAUCGGAGGAGGAAGAUGAGAAGGACGAGGAUGAGGAGGAGGAUGGUGGCGGUUGGAUCACCCCUAGCAACAUUAAACAGGUCCAGAUGGAGACGGGGAUCUGGGCGUCGCCUGUGGACGUUAAAGUGGCGUGUCUCACCACCGACUUCGCUAUGCAGAACGUCCUGAUUCAGAUCGGGCUCCAUGUCCUCUCUGUGAAUGGGAUGCUCAUCAAACAGGCCAGGAAUUACAUCCUGCGAUGCCACGCCUGUUUUAAGUGGUGGAAUGCUAAUCUAAUGUCCGCUCUCUGUUCCCGUAGUACUCCCUGCCCCUGCCACAAGGGGGCAAACACGGCAGCAACCCCCCACCUGGUGGAGGACCAGCGUUUCCCCCAGCAGCGCGUGUCCCGUAAGGCCCGCCAGAAGACGGACGUCUUAAACCCAGACUACCUGGCCGGGGGCGGCUCACCUUUCUCUGAUCACGACAUCUACAGCCGCUCUGCCAACCUGCACAUCACAGACGGCGCGGGCGGAGGGGGUCGGAGGCGGGCCAACCCCAACGCUGCCCGCAAGAAGAAAUGUUGAAGAAUCGGAAGCCAUUUUCUACACGCCAAGUUCCACUAAAGAGAAAUCCCAGAAACUGAACUGUGAAGAUAGCUGGAUUUAAUACUGAUGUUUUGUAUAAAAUUACUUCUUUUUUUUUUCAAAGGUAAACGUAAUGAAUUCCGGGUUCAAAUAAUGUCAUACAGUAACUAAACUACCAAGUUUGUAAAAGCCUGACGGUAUUUGCACUUUCAAGGCUUGUGUCUGUAACCUGCUCUGACAUUUGAUGCCCCUAAUUAAAAACACAGUUCAAGACGC